UGCAUUAUAUUCAGUUUGAGUGUGAAGUCUCAAGAACAAGGUACUAAAAAUGGUUAGCAUGUUAAAAUGGUUAGCAUUUGUUUUAUUUUGUGGUAAAGCCAUAUGCAGAAGUUAACAACAGCGACACUGCAAUUGAAUGUUGUCAGUUUCAAUAACAGUGGAGUAAAAGCUAGGUCUGUUCAACGUUGUGGAUUGAAAAUAAAGCUCUGCAGGUUCAAAGCCAGUGGCCAUGAUGAUUACGAUUCUGGUUAUUUCUAUUGCAACAUUGACUCUGGCUAUUCAGUGUUCUGGAGACAGAUGUCUAUCAGGAUUAAAUCACAAGGCAAUGCCUGGCCCUGAGCCAGGCAUGAGGGCGUGCAAAUUGUACUCCCAAUCUUCAUGCUGCUUUUCCAACUACACUGAAGAGCUGGCUGUGACCCCAGUCACUAAGGUACAGAAUACCUAUUGGAACCGAUGUGGUAAUUUAAGCUCAAGAUGUGAGGAGUACAUGAAAAAAAUAGAUUGUUUCUACCAUUGCUCACCCCAUGCCUUCAACUGGAUCAAUCCCAAUAAUUCAUAUUCAAUUCUUGCUGUUCCAAUCUGUCAGGGCUUUUGUGAUGACUGGUUUGCAGCCUGUAGAGAUGACCUGACCUGCACUAGAAACUGGCUUUCUGAUUGGGAAUGGGAUGAUCAAGGGAAUAACUGCAGAAGUGAAUGCAUUCCAUUCCAUCAGAUGUAUAAGGAUGGCAAGGACCUUUGUGGUAAUAUGUGGGGUACGACAUUCAAUGUGAUUUCAUGUCCAUGUCACUGUCUGAUGAUGGACGAUGAUGAUAAUAAUAUGGUCGAAUAUCUUGUUCGCCAUCGAGGAACUCCGACUCCCGCAGAAGCCAAGCAUGCAGAACUCGUGAAAGCACCUUUCUGUCAGAAGAGGCAUAAAAACCUGCGUGAUAGGAAAGAGAAGGAAAAGGAGAAAAAAGGGACAAAAUAAUGAAUGGAUCAGAAAAAUGGCACAGUUCCUGUUUUGCACUGUAAAGAGCUGAAGAUGCUUCUGAUCAGUGAGUUACUUGAAGAAACAGGCUUAAAAUUUUGAUCAGCCAGUUAUGUCAGAAAUUUGUCAAAUUAAUUUAAAGAAAAAUAAAAUAAUGUUCACUUCUAUCA